GGGCUAUUUCAUUUUGGUACACCUUCCUUCCAAUUAAUAUACGAUACGGAAAACUUUAUUUGUCAUCGAUAGAUUAAGAGAUUAGAAUAAUAAUUCAUUGAUUGGUGGUAUAUCUUCUUCACCACAGUUUGUACAAUUAGUCGAGAGGUGACAAAUGAUGAAACUAGAAUACUUGGGUGUCCUCUUGAUUUACUUAUCGUUAUCAUCAUGUUCCGUGAACAUAGAGCCAAUUCAUGGCGAUGAAUUGGAAUUGAACGUAAAUGGUGAGAACAAUUAUAUUCCAGUCGAAACGUUCCAAGACGAAAGCACUCAAGCUAAAAAUCGACACUUAGUAGUACAUUUGGAAAAUCCCAGAGAUCAGAAAUGGUUCGUCAAUCGUUCAACUCAACCCAAACUCACUACUGCAAUAUCGAAAUUAAUGAAAAAUAUAAAUGGUGAUAUGAACUCAAUCAUGCAACCGAAAAGAAUAAAUGAAAAAAAGAAUGAACAAAUAUCCCGUUAUGAAAAGAAAUUUAAAAUCUUGUGUGAAAAAGUUAAAACACUGAAACUAAAUGAAAAAAUAUGUAAUUCACAUGGAGACUUUAUGGGGCAUAACAUAAUAAAAUGGUUGAGAAUUUUACUCAGACAUUUGUAUGCAUACUCAUUGGAAAAAAUAAAAAUGGAAUAUUCCAAACAAGCAGAAGCAAAAAAUUUUAAAACAUUGAGUGACCCAAUCAGUAAGCUGCAGUUGAAGAAACGUUGUUGUAGAUAUCAUUUUAAGUAUUAUUUCAAAUAUUUUCCAGUUCUGCAACCGUUCGUAGUUCCACUACUGGAAUCGAUAGAAAAGGAACUUACACUUUCAUUGAUAAUGGAUAUAGGAUUCAUAACAUCAAUUUUCGCUCUUGUUUUCAUUUUGCUGUCAGUGGUUCUUUCGAGAAAAUUAAGGGAGAGAAAAGGCAAUAUAAUAUUGGCACAUUUUUGUUUUUCCAUUUUCGUACAGAUCAUAUUGCACGUUCUGAUAUGUCUAUUCAACCUGAAUAUAACUUUAUCUAAAUGGACUAGCAUUAUUUUUCAAUAUUUCACUUUAGUUGAGUUCGCUUGGACCUCGGUUAUUGCCUUAAUACAAUACAGGAGGUAUGUAAUAGUUUUUGAUUCUACUCUGAAUUCAUCCGUCUUGAAAAUAACCGCCUUUAUCUAUAUAAUUUGCGCUAUACCAAUAGCAGCUCGAAUCUUAUGGGAUCAUAAUCAUAGCAAGCUUAUGAUGACCUUCUUAACUUUUAGCCUUCCUCAGUUCUUAACUUUGAUCAUAAAUUUGAUUAUUCUGAUUUUAAUAUCAAGAAAUAUAAUGUGUAUGAGCUCCUGGUCUCCCCAGCAAAAACGGAACAUAUCAGUGGAAGCCAAACUAAUAUUUAUAUUAUUUUUGACACUGGAUUUAGGUUGGAUCAUAGCGAUGUUAGCUUAUUUGUCUUCUAAUAUUAUAUUUGCUUAUAUAUUCAUAUUUUCUCAAUCUUUACAAGGAUUUGCCCUUUUUUUCACCUUCAUAUUGAUGAACAAACCUAACCGAAAAAUUCUCAAGCAGAUAUGGAUUAUUCAUACUUCAAGAAAAAGUGUAGAAUUAAAUGAACGACCAGUAGCAAUACAAGGAGAUCCUGGUAGUACUGAACAAUUUAUUUAGACAAAUUCAUUGAAUUCUUGACUUGCUGCCUUUCAUAGAAUUCAAUAUUCAUAUUAUGAUGAUGCUUUCAAAAACCAUGUACAAGCCUAUGUAAAGAUAAUAAAAAUCCUAAUGAUAUUCUUGUUCUAAAGAAUUGUAUGUGAAACAUAGUGUGAAAUAAGAUGUA